UCAUGAUCUUAAAAGGGGUUUUUUUUUUGGUUUACUUUUUAAUAUAUUUUAACUGAAAUUUUCUGAAAGGCUUUAAAUAGCCACAGGUUUCUAACAUAAUUAAAUUUUGUCUUGAGGCUAAGUUUUGAGAUUAAGAAUGAAGAAAUAUGCAUGUCAAGACGACAAGAAACAAAGGGCGCCCUGAUAGUAAGGUUACUAAAGAACUGAAAACAUUGCAGCGGGGGCCAGGUAAAGCAGGAAGGUUUGAGCUGAUGUUCCUGGAACAGAUGCUCACUUUAUAGAACUCACCCUGGCAGCAGACCGAGCAAGGAGAUGGGUAAAGUAAGAGGCAAGAAUCUGAACGAGUGAUGGGCAGAGAAAAAAAGGUGGCAAACUACGGACACUGCUGGUGAAGGAAAAAGAAAAGAAAGAAGAACUUUAAAAUGGCAUUCAGGGCGGAGGGAAGUCCCGAGACAAAGGAGUGCCGCCGCCUCUACGGCCGCGACCGCAGUCGCCCAGGGACUUUGAAUAUGUCGGGGAUUGCCCUCAGCCUACUUGCCCAGGAAAGGAAAGCUUGGAGGAAGGACCACCCUUUUGGCUUUGUGGCUGUCCCAACAAAGAAUCCUGAUGGCACGAUGAACCUGAUGAAUUGGGAGUGCGCUAUCCCUGGAAAGAAGGGGACUCCAUGGGAAGGAGGCUUGUUCAAACUGCGGAUGCUUUUCAAAGAUGACUAUCCGUCCUCACCACCAAAACUGUGCCUGUCCAUCCUGGAGGAGGACAAGGACUGGAGGCCAGCUAUCACGAUCAAGCAGAUCUUAUUAGGAAUACAAGAACUUCUAAAUGAACCAAAUAUCCAAGACCCAGCUCAAGCAGAGGCCUACACAAUUUACUGCCAACACAGAGUGGAAUAUGAGAAAAGGGUGCGAGCACAAGCGAAGAAGUUUGCCCCCUCAUAAGCAGCGGCCCUGUGGCUCCAUGACGAGGAAGGGAUUGGCUUGGCAAGAACUUGUUUACAACCUUUUGCAGAUCUAAGUCACUGCGUACAGUUACUAGUCGCCUGGGAGGGUUGAGCGGGCGCCAUUUUCCAUUUCCGCCACUGGCAUAUACGGUCUCAAUUCGCUGAAUUGCCCCAGUUUUUCAUACAGGGUCUCUUCCUUCAGUCUUUUGUAUUUUUGAUUGUUAUGUAAAACUUGCUUUUAUUUUAAUAUUGAUGUCAGUAUUU